ACGGUUCUUGUAGAAUUGAUUGCGCAAGAAGUCAAAAUGGUAUUCCGCGAAUUUAAUCGACUUGCUGGAAAAUUGCAGGCUUCUGCAAAAUUGCAGCCUUUAUUCCCUUUGAGACCAACUCCACUGAAUAAAGCUGAUGCACCAAAAAUGAUCUAUGAUACUGUGAAAACUAAACCUGUCUCAGUCGACAGAGCAGCAACUGCAUCUUACUCAACUAUUCCUCCAAAACUAGAAGCAAAAAUGAAAAAAUUCCAGAAGGACACUUCAAAGCCAGUUUUCUUGAUGGGAGGUACUCCUGACAAAAUUCUGUUCGGUAUCACCUGCGUACUGACCGUUUUUGGUCUUGGAAAGUCUGCACAAUUCUACUGGCCCUACAUCUGGACCAAAUAA